AUGUCACUCGACAAAGUCAAGCGAAGACACUUGAAAACAAAUUUCGGUGUGAUUUUGGAACUAAACUUUGAAUCUCUGCCGGAUGAAGAAGAGCUCAUAAGACUUAUGGCGUUUGCAUCGUUGGAAAGAAUCGCAGAUUUUAUACGCACUAAUCCAGACUUGGAUCCGCAUUACCCGACAAAAACCCUGAAGACCGCGUUGACGGCAGCAAUUGAUCGCGGAGUGACCAGCAUAUUGAUAAAUUUAUUGGACGGCUACUCCGCAGAAAUCUUAGACUCGACUUUAACCCAACCGUUCGGUAAAACUGCUUUAAUGCACGCAUCUUACGUGAGCAGAAAUCCGGACAUUCUUCGAGUUCUUAUAGAAAAAGGCGCCGAUGUCCAAAAGACUGAUAUCAGAGGGUGGAAUUGUCUGUAUUACGCGGUGGUUGGAGAAAAAUUGGGAAACGUAGAGUGCCUGUUGGGAUCGGGCGUGGACGUGGAAUCACGAGACGAACAAGGUCGAACACCUUUGAUGAUCGCAGUUAUACUUUCUGACAUGGUGACGGUGAAAUUUUUGCUGAAAAGUGGUGCGAAUCCCGCAUCCGUCGAUGAUUCUGGAUGUAGCGCUCUCAGAUUAGCGAUACUUCGAAGACGUGAAGAACACGCGUUACUCUUGACAAACUACGGGAGUAAACUUGACGAUGUAUCGUCAAUGUCUAGGUACUCCGAUCGCGAAUUAGCUCAUUAUCUCAUGCCAAAUAUUAGCCCAGUCAUGCAGCAGAAAUCGGAUAAGAGAAACCAAUGAAAAUUGUGUCGAUUGACGUCGCGUUGGUAUUUAAUCCAACGAAAAAAAAAAAUAAUAAUAAAAUAAGCCGAAAAGCGUCACCUUGAAUCCUGAACUGAGAGAUUAAAAUUUUAUGAGUGUGUGCGAAUGUUUUGGAAGAUUCUUCAUGGUACCUAAUAAAUCGAGAUCAAUCAGCCAACGCUGCGAUAUAAGUUUCAGAUGGAACGUGUAGAUAUAGCGUCAUGACUGAUUGUGAGCUAAAUUACCUGACCAUAAUUUGAUUCUUAUCCUUAUCUUAUCU